ACCUCAUGCCACCAUCCAACCUUACCAGCUCGAUCCCAGCAACCUUUGUGCUGGUUGGCAUCCCGGGCACGGAGAAGCUGCACGUGUGGCUGCCCAUCCCCUUCUGCUGCGUGCACCUGGCUGCCCUGCUGGGGAACAGCAUCCUAUUAGUUACAACAACAACAACAAGCUACAUACACCACAUACCUCUCCUGUGCACGCUGGCUGCUGCUGACCUGAUGCUGUCCACCACCGCCGUGCCCAAGAUGCCGGCCCUCUUCUGGCUCUGCCAGCAUCCUCCACAGCCUUGCCGAGCCCUUUGCAGCCAUCCUGCUGGACGCUGCCCUCAUUGCUGCCUCCUGUGUCCUGAUUCUCCUGGCAGCAUUCAGACCCCCAUCCAGGACAGCCUGCUCCACGAAAUCCCACACCACGUCCACAUCCUGCUGUCCAACCUCUAUGUGCUCUUCCCCGUGCUGAACCCCGCUGUGCACGGCGUGCGGACGCGGCAGAGAAGAGAGAAGGUGGUGAAGAUGCUCCUCUGCCCCACCAUGCAUCCACUAUGUCCCCCAUCUGAAGAUGCCAAGAAAAGGGCAGACGUGGCACUGAGGGGUCAGUGGGCAUGGCGGGACGGGCUGGGGCUGGGUUUGGAGAUCUUGGAGGUCUUCUUCAACCUCAACGAUGCUGUAAUUCUACGUAACCAGAAGCCAAAUGCCAGCCCUCUGCUUGGCUGCAGAAAGAGGGGGCCCAUGGACGGGAGGACCCCCCCCAGCAGAGCCACCUACGGGGCCCCCAGUGAGGAUUCCACUGUGGUGUGA